GCUUCGCUUUACUCUGUGUUGCAAGUAGGCCGAAUGGAAGGCUGGGUAAAGACGCUUACAAAUUGACACGUUGCAUCCAGGGAAGCAAUAAGUGCUAAUGCUUGACCUGUUUACUCACCGUGUAAUUUCUUUACAUUCUUCCACGACUUUAAUAAAAUCCCUGCGUUUUCUUACAAAUAGGACAACCUAACUGGAAGGUGGUUGGCUUCACGGCGGUUCCCAUAGCAACAGGUCGGCGGCUCCCUUACCAGAGGACAAACAGGCAGUAAUCAUUUGCUUGCAAUGGCUUCACGAGAGGAGAUUACUAUUUAUGAAGAUGAAGUGAGGUCGCAUUACGGGCAUCUGGAGAAAAUGACAGACUUAGUAGCAGUUUGGGAAGUGGCUUUGAGUGAUGGUGUCCAUAAAAUUGAAUUUGAGCACGGUACUACCUCAGGAAAACGUGUGAUCUAUGUGGAUGGAAAGGAAGUAAUGCGGAAAGAUUGGAUGUUUAAACUGGUUGGAAAGGAAACCUUUACUGUUGGAAGAACUGAAACCAAAGCCACUAUCAACAUUGAUGCAGUUAGUGGCUUUGCCUAUGAAUACACACUUGAAAUUAAUGGAAAAAGUUUAAAAAAGUAUAUGGAAAAUCGUUCCAAGACAACUAAUACAUGGAUACUUAAUCUUGAUGGAGUCGAUUGUAGAAUUGUAUUAGAAAAGGACACUAUGGAUGUAUGGUGUAAUGGGAAAAAAAUGGAAACAGCAGGUGAAUUUGUUGAAGAUGGGACAGAAACUCAUUUUACCAUUGGAAACCACGACUGCUGCGUUAAAGCUGUAAGCAGUGGCAAGCGGAGAGAGGGCAUUAUACAUUCUUUAAUUGUGGAUGAUAAUGAAAUUCCUGAGUCAACUGAUUGAUGUUAUUUCUGACGGCAAAAUAGACCAGCUUUUCCAUGUUCUUCAAAUGCUGUUUGUUUAGAUAAAAAGAAACAAUGUAGCAUGUCAAAUUUUCCCAGAACUAUCAACACACAAAGAAAUCUCCUAAGUGAUACAGUAUAACAAGUAAUUCAGCAUUGCUUUUGGUGGUUCUGCAUUAAAUCCAGUGAGAAAUCUGGUUUUCUGCACAGCAUGAAAGUUUGUGUGAUGCAAGAAAGAAGGGAAUUUCAAGGACCGUUGUCAAUGUAACAGAUAUGAAAGUAUAAAAUGAAAGCUACGCCAUUUUCUGCAGUGCAGCCAAUUUCAUAUCUAAAAAUUGGUAAGAGUAACAGACGAAUGAAUUCUGUUAGGAUACCUCAAAAAUCUUCAUUAUUUCACAAUGUUAUUUCAUCAUAAUUUAGCAGUAUUCAAAUGUGCUGCAGAAUCUGAUUUGUUGAUCUUGAUGUGUUAUUUUUGUUUUAAUUAUUUAGAUAAUUUACAAUAAUGGUACCAUGCCCUGAAAGGUAUGUAUUUCCUACUGUAGUUUAGAAGCUACUGAAUAUAUAGUAAAGAUGAAGUUACUUUUGAGAUUUACGCAUAAUUCGCUUUAUUGCAAAAGAUGUUUUGCUUUGAAUCUGUGUCAUAUAUUUUAUGCCAUUAUUUGGGAUUUCUCAGAUAUUGAAAGAAUAUACUACAAAACCAGAGAAAAUAUUUUGAUUAAACAUUGUGUGUGUUUGUGUCAUUUGUCUGUUAGGUCUAUAAUACAACUAUGUGUAAUUUUUAAAUAUAUUUUUAAUUAAGUCAUUUUAAAAGAGAAAGCAAUAACUUUUUAUUGUUCUUUUACCCAUUUUUGGGGUAUAGUCAUCACCAAGUAUAACAUUGUCGGUAAAAUAUAAACGCAUUGAAUACUCUAUAUUUGUUAAUGGAAACAGACAUUAGUAAUUCUCACAUAUAUUUAUUUAUUUGCAUUGUAAUCAGUGGUAUAAUUAUAAUAAUAAUUUACACCGUUAAUUCUGAUUAUAAGUUGAUCACCAGAAAUUGUGUAUAUGGGUCACAGUGACUUAUUUAAAAAAUUAUAUUUUUAGGAAUUGUUUUUCUAACAUGCAAUACAGUAUGCUGUGAGAAAUGUGCAUUUUAUGCAUGCACUGAAAACUGUUCUGCAUAAGUAACCACUGGACAAGACUUGCUGCAUGGAAAUUGACUGUUAAUGUGAAGAAUUAAUCCAAUUUAAUUUUUUCACUUUAAUGUAAUAUUUCAAAGUCAGUUUGGUUGGUUAUCAUAAAAUAUCUUUCCAACACA